AUUUUUUAAAAAAUCACAUUUUGAAAAUCAUAGGCGUUUCCUUUACAGUAGCCUUAACUUUAAGGAAAUAAACUCGUGAAUAUUUCUCUCUGCAUUGGUUUCUAGAAAAUUUCAAUUAUCAAGCUUAGGCCACAUAUGUCUGUCAUAUCUCUAUAAUAAUAACCCAGCAAGCCGAAUUUAUAAAUUAAUCAAUCACAAACAUUUUCUAACACUGUUAAAACUCAUUGAUUCAAUCUUAAGUUAAGCAACUCCCUUACUUUGCAGUUUGCAAACGAUAAUAUCUCAGCAGAAAACACUUUGUGAAAGUAUUUGCCUGAAAAAAGCCUAUACUCACUUUGAAAAUGGAUAUAUAACCACUGCAAAAUGUUGCCCACACUUCCCUGUGUAUGUAAAUACAUAUUUUUGUGGCCUUAUUUAUUUAGUAUUGAGUAAUGUUAUACUUUAGAGAGAUCUAAGAAUGAUAUUAGAGAAAGGAAGCAUGAGACGACAAUUUCAAGUUAGACUUUUGUUACCUGUAAUAAUAGGAAUUUGUAUUGGAAUAAUAUUCACGCAUUUUUAUGAUCCUAUACCAAAUGUUUCAUGUAAACCUGAACGAUAUCAGUAUGAAAAAAUGUCCAAAAUUUCUAAAGUUUUAAAGAGAGUUAAUGUACAAAAAAUACAUGUGGAUCCUGUUGCAGUCAAACCAAAGUCAAGUCAUUUUAACUAUGAUUUCCGUCCUUAUUUUGUAUACAGUGAACUUGGAUUUAAGUUUGAUGUUGUUGUUGGUAUUAUGACAUAUGAGCAGCAUCUUACCUCAUUUGCAUUGGCAAUAAAUAAUACUUGGUCACAAGAUUUAUCAAAAGUUAUAUUUUUUACACCGUAUUCUAAGGAUAGCAAAUUUCAUGACCGAUAUAAUGUCCGGCUUAACUUAAAUGUUGUACAGCUACCAGAUAUUGUUGAAGGUUCUUCUCCACUGGAAUUUUCGUACAGGAUUUUAAAAUACAUGAAAGAUCAUUUUUUAAACAGUUACAAGUGGUUUGUGCAAACUCCUGAUGAUAUUUACAUAGAUCCAAAAAAUCUGAUGCAGUUUUUAUAUUCAUUAAACAGCUCAAUGGAUGCAUAUAUUGGACACCCUGUUAAAAUAAAUGCACCAAGUAAACAUGAUAAAGUUGUUGAUUCUUCAAGAUAUUACUGUAGCCAGAGGAGUGCGAUUAUACUAAGUCGGACCACUUUGCUUAAAUUAUCAGUUUCACCGAAUUUAUUUAACAGUCCAUUUGACAUUGCAUUAGCAGAUUCGAUUUUUAAAGACAUUGGUAUACAUUGCAGGAGUAAUGGAAACUUUCAAGAUCUCUUUGUUCUUGAUAAAGUAAAGAAAAAUCAAUACAUAAAAACUGAAUAUAACCACCAGAACAUUAUUGCUGUGUCUGGCUUAACUUCACCUCGUAUGUUUUAUGAAAUAACCAAAAAGAAAGUGCUAUACAAACUUCAGCAGACUAAACAAGACGUGAAGCAGCUGCAACACUACAUUAGAUCUCUCCUGCCUAAACUACCAGCUGAAGUACCUGAAAAAACAUUGCAUUGGCCUAUCGGUUUUCCUCCACCUUUUAAACCAGCAACAAGAUUUGAAGUUAUCAAAUGGACAUAUUUUGACGACAAAAGAUUUUAUGCAUUUUCUGAUGGUGAGGCUGUGUCAAAUGAUGAAAUAUACCGAAAUGAUGUCUCAGAAAUAUUUGAAACUAUGAAAUAUGUUAUUCACAAAGAACAUGGUGUUUCGAAACAAUAUUUAAAGCUUGUAAAUGGAUAUCGUAGACUGGAUCCGCAAAGAGGUGCCGAAUACAGUUUCGAUGUUAGAAAACAGAUUUCAAACACGAACAAAUUCGAUAUCAUAAGAAUGCAUGUACUGAGACCGUUCACAAAGGUUGAAGCGUUGACAAUGCCUGCAGCCACUGAACAAAAGGGGAUACAUAUUGUAUUACCUGUACUCAGGGAAGACAUCAAUCGUUACGAGAAAUUUUUACAAAUGUAUAAACGUGUCUGUUUACAAACUGGCGAGAAUGUAGUGCUGUUGACGGUGUUUAUCAACAUCCGUGGAGGAGAGUUUGAAGGAGCUGAGAGUGAUCAAUUUGUUGAACCGAAACGAUUAAUUGCAAGAUACAAGCAUUCUUACAUGUGGGCGCAGUUGCCUUGGUUACAAGUGGGCGUUAAACAACACUCACCAGUGCUGAUCAUGGAUAUCGUUUCCAUGAAGCUACCUUCAAAUGCACUGAUAUUUUUGAUGAGUUUAAGCACGGAAUUUACUAUCAACUUUUUGAAUCGAUGUCGUGUGAAUGUUGUGAGCGGAAUUCAGGUGUUCUUUCCAAUUCCCUUCAUACAGUAUGAUCCGAAAAUAGCAUUUCAAAAUAAACCACUUCCAACCUUUGUUGACGUUCACCGAGAUAACGGUUUUUGGGAUGAGACAUCAGAUGAUACCGCGUGUUUCAACAAUCACGACUACAAAAAUCUACGCAUGAGCAAAAGUACUUUUCUUGACGAGAGUAGCAACGUGGAGGAGAGUUUAUUACAUGUGUUUCAAAGUUCAAAUAUUCAAGUGUUUCGCGCAGUUGAUUCCGAGUUGCGGAAAGGUUACGUCGCGCCAACGUGCGUGAAGGAGGAUGAUGCGCAGUAUAAUCAGUGCAUGCGACACGCAAGUCGCAGACACGCGUCCAGAGCGCAACUGGCGUAUUAUCUGUUUCAAAAGAAAACUGUGCUAUGAAAAGAUUAGUGUUAAGGAAAAAACUAUAAAGAAAAAAUACAUAUUAUUUAUAAUAUUAUUUUAUUUAGGUAGCUCUAUAUUUAUAUACGUUAUUAGCUAAGUGCCAUAGACCUUGGUUAUUUUUAGUUUGUAUAUAUUGGAUUAUGAUUUUAAACAUGUGAUAUAGAUAAUUCAAUCUGUUCUUUCAGGUGGCCUUUACAUAUACCCGAAAUGAGAUUUUAAACAGCAAUAAGGUUUCGUUGUUUACAUGUUUUUUUUAUAUCGAGGUUGUGUGAACUACUCAUACGCAAUAGUUUCAUUGCAGGUUAAUCGUGUUUACAUGAAUAUUUUAAGGCGAAAUAAAGAACACCGAAAUGAGUUUCAUUUCACCCAAAAUCAUGUAAACUUUUAUAAAGGCUAUUUUCCAUUUCACCCCUAAAAUAAAACUUCAUGUAAAGGCUGCCAAAGACGGUGCAAAUUUUUAACUAUUUUUUUCAGAUGCCGUUAACUGAUUUUUAAAUAUAUAAAUAUAUCAACAUUGUAUUAUCAGAUUGAAGCAAACUGAUAAAUAUUUUACAGUUGCUGACUUCAGCACCUGUCUGCGAUGA